AUGAAUACUGGGAGGUUGGAGCUGAAGGUAAAGAGAAUUUCCUCCAGGAAGAGGUCCAGAAACAGCCUGAAGACUCACCUGACACCUGCCAGUAAGAGAGGAGAGGGUCCCUGUCCUCAGGAAUGUUUCCCAGACUGCAGGGACAGCAGGACCAUGGCUGAGGGUCAAGCUGUGGAGGUGGGUUAAUGAGACAUGAGGAUCAUACAUGAGCCUUAAUUAUUAGAUUCAUGUAGUGGGAUAAGAUGAUCCAUUUUUCAUAUUUGGGAUCACUCCAUCAAGUAAAUCCUAGUUUUGUCUCCAACUAGUGUAUCUGCAGAUAUUUCAGGAUGUUGUUCAUCCCUGCAAACCAACAGAAUGAGUGUAAACAGAACUGUAAUCUUGAUAAUAUAGCAUGACAAAAAAAGGGGUCUCCUAUGGUCAACUUACCCCGUGUAUGAGCUAAAUUGACCAUAGGAGCGGGGGGGGGGGGUUAAUUUGAGCUGUAUCCCUACUACCCCCCCCCCCCCCACUCACCCCCCCAACCCCCUCCCUCACCUUCUCUCUCCCUAGAUAACAGGCACUUCUUCACAUUCAUGUGUAUUUUUAUCUAUUAUAUACUAUUUAACUGUUGCAAUCAUUCUUUUUAUUAUUAUUGAACUUGAAAAGUCCUGCAGCAUGUGUUAGACAUCACCAUCUACACAUGGACCAAUCAGGGGCUGCCUUUCCCUGUUGUCUGGGGAACAGUGGAAACACAGUCACUGAUUGGCCCGGUUAUUUACUGCUUUCUAAAACAAGAAAUAAAUGUCUAACCCCUUCACCCAUGUGCUUCGAACCUUUAAAGACUCUAUGAAUUGAUGACCAUUUCCUAAAGAUUUGGUCUCAUGAUCAAUUUCUUUGACCAUUUACAAGAAACGGGGGGGGGCUCAACUUACCCCACUCUCCCCUAUAUUUAUUACCUCCAAAAACAUGGACUGUCUUGUGCUCAUAAUAUAGAUAUUGUGUGUAAAAAAAGCUUUUUUCUUUCUUGUGUGCAAUAGAAAAUCAACAUAUUGCUGACUGUGUAAGUGUAUUUUAAUAUAGAAACAUGGAUUUAAAAGUCUCAGAUUCUAACCAAAAGCUCAGCAGACAGUUAAAUCCCUGUGUGUUAGCGCUGAGGUGAUGUUGUCGUUUAAAGGAGGGAGAUUUUCAGGUUAGAAGUGUCUGCAGACAAACAUCCUCUCAUUUCUCCAUCUGAACAGUAACAGUGUGUUAUAUUCAUCAGUUCUGCAGUGACAGUGAGGACCUGUUUGGAGACUACGACAGCAUCCUGGAGGACAGCUCUCUUCUGGCAAAGCUGGAUGACGCUGAGCAGAACGCAAGGCGGCCAAACGGCCAGAUUUCAGCUCACAAUGACGCCGUGGAUCAGCCAGAGUUCACCGUUCUGUGGCUGAUGAAAGACAUCCAGAAACGACCGUCUGAGGACAUCCUCUCAGACUCCAUCCUGGACAGACUUGGAGACGAACCUUUUGAGGAUUUACCACCGAGCCAACUUCAGUUUCAGGAUAAAAUGAAGAGGAGCAGACUGCAGGAGGGAGAGAAGACCUCCACGCCCUCCAAAAACACCGACUGGGACUCUGAGGGGGUUUCUGAGAGGACCACGGAGGAGAAACCAAAGAAGACGUUGAGGAGGAGUGUGGCCGACAAGCUGAAGAAAACCAUGCUGGGUAACGCCGCCACUCCUUCCAGCGUUUCCCGGACAGUGGUGUUAAAGGAAGCUGUGGUUUCUGAGGAGAUCAGCGUCGCCAUACAGGCCAUGGAGACAGUUUCCUCUCAGACCACCGACCUCGGACCUUUCUUUGGACUCCCCUCUAAAGUCAAAGACCUGAUGUACGAACUCAGAGGGAUCAAGACUUUAUACGGUGAUACAUCUCUUUUUUUAUUAAAGCUAGAAUUGUGAUAUUUAGUGAGGUAGCGGUGUCAGUAUUAGAAAACAAACAUCAGAUGGUUUAUAUGAAUACUACCUCCUCCUCAAAUGGUGGCAGGGUCUCUCAGAGGACUUAGCUCUUCAUUAUUAUAUAAGAGAAUUAAGCCAGAGCUCAAAUGUUGGUAAAGUGAGGAAGCUCUGUGAAGUUCAAAUCUGCAGUAAAAUACAGAGACGUCUGCAGCCAUCAAAGAGUUUAGGGAGGAACUUUAAAGGGAAAUGAGGUUUAAUGUGAGUGUUGCCUUGUAGAAACUGCAUAUAUAUCUAUAUAUCGAAUCUAUAUUUUUAUAUGUAUAUAUCAUAUCCAUAUGUAUUAAUCAUACCAAUAUAUCUAUAUAUAUAUAUAUAUAUAUAUAUAUAUAUAUAUAUAUGUAUGUGUGUGUGUGUGUGUGUGUGUGUGUGUGUGUGUGUGUGUGUGUGUGUGUGUGUGUGUAUCAUAUCUAUAUCUUUGUACAUAUAUCUAUGUAUCAUAUCUAUAUCUUUGUACCAUAUCUAUAUAUCAUAUCUUUAUCUAUGUAUCAUAUCAAUACAUCAUAUCUAAAUCUAUAUAUUAAAUCUUAAUCUAUAUAUCAUAACUAUAUAGAUAUCUAUUUAUCAUAUCAAUAUAUAGAUAUCUAUAUCCAUAUCUAUCAUACCUAUAUCUAUAAAUCAUAUCUAAAUCUAUAUAUCAUAUCUAAACCUAUGUAUUUAUUUAUCAUAUCUAUAGCUUUAUGUAUAUGUAUAUAUAUACAUAUAUAUGUAUGUAUGUAUGAAUGUAUGUGUAUAUAUGUAUAUAUAUGUGUAUAUAUAUAUAUAUGUGUAUAUGUAUAUAUGUAUGUAUAUAUAUGUAUAUAUGUAUGUAUAUAUAUGUAUAUGUAUGUAUGUAUAUGCACAUAUGUAUGUAUGUAUAUAUGAAUAUAUGUAUGUAUAUCUAUGUAUAUAUGUAUGUAUAUAUGUCUAUAUAUAUAUAUAUGUCUAUAUAUAUAUAUAUAUGUCUACACUCACCGGCCACUUUAUUAGGUACACCAUGCUAGUAACGGGUUGGACCCCCUUUUGCCUUCAGAACUGCCUCAAUUCUUCGUGGCAUAGAUUCAACAAGGUGCUGGAAGCAUUCCUCAGAGAGCUUGGUCCAUAUUGACAUGAUGGCAUCACACAGUUGCCGCAGAUUUGUCGGCUGCACAUCCAUGAUGCGAAUCUCCCGUUCCACCACAUCCCAAAGAUGCUCUAUUGGAUUGAGAUCUGGUGACUGUGGAGGCCAUUUGAGUACAGUGAACUCAUUGUCAUGUUCAAGAAACCAGUCUGAGAUGAUUCCAGCUUUAUGACAUGGCGCAUUAUCCUGCUGAAAGUCAGAAGUUGGGUACAUUGUGGUCAUAAAGGGAUGGACAUGGUCAGCAACAAUACUCAGGUAGGCUGUGGCGUUGCAACGAUGCUCAAUUGGUACCAAGGGGCCCAAAGAGUGCCAAGAAAAUAUUCCCCACACCAUGACACCACCACCACCAGCCUGAACCGUUGAUACAAGGCAGGAUGGAUCCAUGCUUUCAUGUUGUUGACGCCAAAUUCUGACCCUACCAUCCGAAUGUCGCAGCAGAAAUCGAGACUCAUCAGACCAGGCAACGUUUUUCCAAUCUUCUAUUGUCCAAUUUCGAUGAGCUUGUGCAAAUUGUAGCCUCAGUUUCCUGUUCUUAGCUGAAAGGAGUGGCACCCGGCGUGGUCCUCUGCUGCUGUAGCCCAUGUACCUCAAAGUUCGACGUACUGUGCAUUCAGAGAUGCUCUUCUGCCUACCUUGGUUGUAACGGGUGGUUAUUUGAGUCACUGUUGCCUUUCUAUCAGCUCGAACCAGUCUGGCCAUUCUCCCCUGACCUCUGGCAUCAACAAGGCAUUUCCGCCCACAGAACUGCCGCUCACUGGAUAUUUUUUCUUUUUCGGACCAUUCUCUGUAAACCCUAGAGAUGGUUGUGCGUGAAAAUCCCAGUAGAUCAGCAGUUUCUGAAAUACUCAGACCAGCCCUUCUGGCACCAACAACCAUGCCACGUUCAAAGUCACUCAAAUCACCUUUCUUCCCCAUACUGAUGCUCGGUUUGAACUGCAGGAGAUUGUCUUGACCAUGUCUACAUGCCUAAAUGCACUAAGUUGCCGCCAUGUGAUUGGCUGAUUAGAAAUUAAGUGUUAACGAGCAGUUGGACAGGUGUACCUAAUAAAGUGGCCGGUGAGUGUAUAUCUAUAUAUAUCUAUAUAUGUCUAUAUCUAUAUAUAUGUCUAUAUAUGUCCAUAUGUAUGUCUUUAUAUAUAUAUGUAUUUAUAUGUAUGUCUAAAUGUAUGUAUAUAUGUAUAUGUCUUUAUAUAUGUAUGUCUAUGUGUGUGUAUAUAUGUCUUUAUAUAUGUCUCUAUAUCUGUAUGUCUAUAUAUACAGUAUGUCUAUAUAUGUAUGUAGAUAUAUAUAUGUCUAUAUAUGUAUGUAGAUAUAUAUAUGUAUGUGUAUGUAUAUAUACAUAGACAUACAUAUAUAGACAUAUAUACAUACAUAUAUAGACAUACAGUAUAUGUAUGUAUAUAUGUCGAUAUAUGUAUGUAUGUAUAUAUGUCUAUAUAUGUAUGUAUGUAUAUACGUCUAUAUAUGUAUGUAUGUAUAUACAUGUAUGUAUGUAUAUAUGUCUAUAUAUGUAUGUGUAUGUAUAUAUCUAUAUAUGUAUAUAUAUCUAUAUAUAUGUCUAUGUAUGUCUAUAUAUAUAUAUGUAUGUCUAUAUAUAUGUAAUUGCUUUGCUUUCAUGGAAAUGCACCGUUUUACUCCAUUAACCUUAAUGUAACAGACCAUUGCUAAAUAUAUGUCAGCAAAAGAUAAGGGCUUAGUUUUAGGGUUGAAAACAUUUGCAAGAGUCACAGCUUCAGUGCAAAAGCAAAAAAAGAAAUCACUGUUGGAUUAUUCACUUCAACUUUUUGGCUUUUGAGAGUCUGCAAACAAAAAUCCUUAUUAAUCUCAACUGCGUUCAAACUACCGCAAAAAUGGCUAGAAAGCAACUGAGUAAAGAUGAACAUUGAGGAAAGAAGGAUACACAGAAAGAGAAAUUGCAAAAUGCCUAAAGGUGUUUAACAACGGAGUCCACUACACUCUGAAGAGAUUAGGGGAACCUGGGAGUUAUGAUAAUAGAAAAAGACCUGGAUGAAAGAGAGUUACCACAAAAGCAGAGGAUAAACUAAGCAUUGUCACCAGUAAGAGAGAUUGGCAAAAGACAGCACCAAAAAUAAGGGAGGAAAUCAACAUGACAAGGUCGAAACCCAUAUCUCUGACAACCGUGAAAUGACGUUUGAGAAAGGCUGGUCUGAAGGGUUGUGUAUCUGCAAAAAAAACACUACUUCGUCCACAGAACAUGAAAAAGAGAUAUGAGUGGGCAAAAGCUCACAAAAAUUGGACAUAUGAUGACUAUAAACAAGUUUACAUGGUUUGGUUCAAAACGCAGAGUGUAUGUCCGCAGACAAACUGGUGAACGUCUGAAAGCACCACGUGUUACACCCAUAAUUCAGCAUGGAGGUGGUAGUUCCAUGGUAUGGGGAUGUUUUGCAGGUGAUGGAGUAGGAGAUUUGUUUGAAGUAAAGGGUAUCAUGAAGAAGGAACUGUACCACUCUAUCCUCCAGCACCAUGCUGCUCCAUCUGGACUCAGACUUGUGGCUCAUAAGUUUAUUUUGCAGCAAGACAAUGACCCUAAGCACUCUGCCAAGCUCUCUCAGGGUUACCUUGACAAAAAAGAAGAGGUAGGUGUUCUUCAAAAGAUGGUUUGGCCCCCUCAGUCUCCAGACCUUUCUCCAAAUUGAGCCUGUGCAGGAUGAAUUGGAUUGAUCGGUCAGUAAGGCACGUCCCACGAAUCAGCAGUAUCUUUUUAAUUAACUUAAGAAAGCUUGGAAUGCAAUCCCUUGAACAUACCUUAAAAAACUUGUGGAACGAAUGCCUGGUAUAUGCCAAGCUGUUGUUAAAGCCAGAGGUGGUAACUUUGAAGAAAGCAAAGUCUAAGCAACAAUAACUCAAAUACCUAAUAAUUAUAGUCAAAAUGUCUUCUGAUAAGUUACUCUUUACACAAUAGUCAUGUUUAUUGUGUUGCAAAUUAUAUAUAUGAAACUAUGAUCUUUUUUGUACAAAUCUGAUCUUGCUUCCAAACUUUUGGCCUGUAGUGUAUAUAUUGUCAUGUCCCUGUUGAUGUCUGGUGUUUCAUGAGUAGAAACCUCCUCACAGCGGCUUUAGGUUUGUGUCUCAAACUUGUAAAAACAGUCCCUAACAGGAGUUUUUUUUGUUGUCCCUCAGACUGGCAGGAGACAUGUCUGAACCUGGACUGUGUUCAGAGGAGAAAGAACCUGAUCUACUCUCUGCCCACCAGUGGAGGAAAAACUCUGGUGGCAGAGAUCCUGAUUCUGAGGGAGCUGCUGUGCAGGAAGAAAGACUGUCUGUUCAUCUUACCAUACAUUUCUCUGGUGCAGGAGAAGGUCAGAGCGGCACAGACCAACCCCACUGUUCCUGAUCUGAUCUUCUUCUCUAACCCCGCUGUUCCUGCUGUUCCUGCAGGUUCGAGGGUUGGCCAGCUUCGGCCUGGAGCUGGACUUCAUGGUGGAGGAGUACGCCGGCAGUAAAGGCAGAUUUCCUCCAGUGAAGAGAAGAACCAUGAAUUCCCUUUAUAUCGCCACGAUUGAGAAAGCCCACAGCCUGGUCAACUUACUGAUCGAGACCGACAGGAUAGGAGAUCUGGGUCUGGUGGUGGUGGACGAGGUAUGGACCCCCUUUUGUUAGAGUCCUGUAGAAGGUAACGGUGAAGAUCCUGGAUCUUUGGUUUAACAUUUCAUUUUCAUACUUUAUUUCGUUCAGAUUAUAUUCAAAACAUUCAAUACAAACAAGGAAAAAUCUUAAACAUGUGAAUUAAAAGGAGCAGAAAGAAGAAAACUCUUCUAGAGUCUGCCCCUCUUUAAUAAGAUAUUAACAUUUAACUGUUGUUUACAGCUUCACAUGUUAGGAGACGGCAACAGAGGAGCAAUAAUCGAAAUGACUCUGUCCAAAGUCCUCUACACCAGCCGUGAGUUUUAAAUCUGAAUUUAUUUUUUAAAACCCGAGUUUGCUUGUUUUAACUCUGAGAUUAAUUUUUUACAUCUAAGUUUACUUUUUUAAUCUGAGUUUACUUUUAUACAACUGAGUUUACUUUUUUAAUCUGAGUUUACUUGUUUUUAACUCUGAGAUUACUUUUUAAACCUGAGUUAACUUUUUUAAUCUGAGUUUCCAUUUUUAAAUUUGGGUUGACUUAAUUUAUCUUAAAGUUUACUUAUUUUAACUCUAAAUUUACUUUUUUAAUCUGGGUUUACCUUUUUAAUCUGAGUUAAAUUUUUUAAUCUGAGUUUCCUUUUUUAAAUCUGAGUUAAAUUUUUUAACGUGAGUUUACUUUUUAAUAUGGGUUUACUUUUUUAAUCUGAGUUUACUUUUAAAAUCUGAUUUUUUUAAUCUGAGUUUACUUUUACUUUUUAAAUCUGAGUUUUUAUUAAAUCCGAGCUUACUUUUUUAAUCUGAAUUUACUUUUUUAAAUCUAAAUUUACCUUUUUUAAUCUGGGUUUACUUUUUGAAGUCUGAGUUUUGAAAUCUGAGUUUACUUUUUUUGAGUUUUUUAAUCUGAGUUUACCUUGUUAACAUUAAUUUUCCUUUUAUCUGGGUUUACAUUUUAAAAUCUUAGCUAACUUUUUUAAUAUCAGUUUAUUUUUUUUAAACUGACUUUUCUUCUUGAUCAGAUAACAUGAUCCUUCCCCGUUAUUUUCCAGAGUCCACUCAGAUUAUCGGGAUGAGCGCCACCUUGGGGAACAUUCAGGACCUGCAGACGUUUUUAAAGGCUGAGAAUUACACCAACGACUUCAGACCUGCGAGUGACCUUUAACCUCCAACCCUAUUACUGAUGUGUUUAUGUUAGCGUGUUCAGUAAGUGGUAUUGACUCCGCCCUCUGCUCUGCCCUCUGCUCAGGUCCAUCUGAAGGAGUACGUCAAAUUAAAUGAAUUCAUAUAUGAAGUGGAUCCAAAGGAGGAGCCAUGUUUCCGGUUAUCGCAUCCUCUAAACUUUAAGGUCAGUUCUGCAGACAGUGGCUCUGAGUUAACCUGCUGAGAAGGUCAUCAAAGGUCAAACCUGCAUGAAGAGACGGACUGAAAUACCCAGAGGGGAGGAUGGUCCUGGUUUGAUGGGAUUAGAGGAGGACCCAGAACGGAGCCCUGUGGAACACCUGAACUUAAGACUCUGAAAUUAAGAUUUACAAUCUUUAAACUGUGCUUCAUGAGACAUUUUUGACCUGAAAUCUAACAGUCACGUUUAACAGUAGAGACUUCUUUUUCUUUUUUUUUCUCUUCUUCCUUUUUUCCUCCUUCUUCUUUUUUCUUUUUCUUAUUCUCCCUUUUCUCCUUGUUCUUUCUCUUCAUAUUCUUCUUUUUUCUUUUUCUUGUUCUUUUUCUACUUUUUUAUCCUUUCUUUCACUUUUUCUCAUUCCUAUUUCUUCUUCCUCCUCCUCUUUCUCCUCCUACUCCUUCUCCUCCCCCUCUUCUUUCUCCUCCUCCUCUUUCUCCUCCUCUUCCUUCUCCUCCUGCUCCUCCUCCUUCUUCUUCACCUCCUCCUCCUUCGUCUUCUCCUCCUCCUCCUCCCCUUCCUCCUUCUUCUUCUCCUUAUCCCCUCAUCCUCCUCCUCCUCUCCUUCCUCCUUCUUCUUCUUCUCCUUAUCUCCUCCUCCUUUUCCCCUCCUCCUCCUCCUCCUCCUUCUUCCUCUCCUCAUCCUCCUCCUCCUCCUCCUCAUCCUCCUCCUCCUCCUAUUUCUUCUUCUCUUCCUCCUGCUUCUCUUCCUCCUCCUUCUAUUCCCCCUCAUCCUCCUCAUCCUUAUCCUCCUCCUCCUCUUCCUCCUCCUUCUAAUUCCCCUCAUUCUCCUCCUCCUCAUCCUUAUCCUCCUCCUCUUCCUCCUCCUCCCCCUACUUCUUCUACUCCUCCUUUUCCUUCUUCCUUCUCCUCCUCCUCCCCUUCCUUCUCCUCCCUCCCCCUCAUCCUCCUGCAUCUCCUCCUCCUCCUACUCUUUCACAGCUCCCUGACCCGGUCUUUGUUUUCCGCUCCUCAGUACUCCAGUGGGAUGCAGAAAACCGACCCGGAUCACAUCAUUGCCUUGGUUACGGAAGUCAUCCCUUCACACUCCUGUCUGGUUUUCUGUCCCACCAAGAAGAACUGUGAGAACCUGGUCGGGAUGAUCUGCAGACACCUGAGAGAGUGAGUCCUUCUCCUCCUCCUCUUCCUGUUUGACUCUUGGUCUCAGCACAAACUGAAGGUCCAUCCUGCUCUUCCUCGGCUCUUUCAGGGACUUCCUGCAGUACCGUCACGAGGAGAAGUUGGUCCUCCUGCAGGAGCUGAAGUACAGCGGGAAUGGCUCGUUGUGUCCCAUUCUCAGGAGGACGGUGCCUUACGGUUUGGCGUAUCACCACAGCGGUCUGACCUCGGAGGAGAGGAAGCUGGUGGAGGAGGCGUACUCCAGUGGCGUCCUCUGCCUCCUCACCUGCACCUCCACGCUGGCUGCAGGCAUCAACCUCCCCGCACGAAGGUAAGACACCAGAGAACCAGGCGGAAAACUUUCCCAGGUUUCCAGGACCUCCAUAGAGGACCUAUUCUUCAGAUAUGACACCGUUUUCCUCCGUCAGGGUGAUCCUGCGCUCGCCGUACGUGGCCACAGACUUCCUGAAGAGGAGUCAGUACAAACAGAUGGUGGGUCGGGCGGGUCGGGCCGGGAUCGACACGGUGGGAGAGAGCAUCCUCAUCCUGCAGGAGAAAGACCGACACAUGGUGAACACACACACUCAGAUAUGGAAGCAAAUCUGUGUCAUAAUUCAAAUGAAAAUAGAUGAACAGAAAUGCAUUUUCAGAAUGUACCUGCACUUCAGACUCAUAAAUAAAAUUAAAAAUAAAUAAUCUGAACUGCAAUUCCUUUUUCUUUUUUCAUGUCCGCUCGAAAAGAAAGCAAUGCAGUAAAAAGAAAGCAAUUGCAGUUCAGAUUAUUUAUUUUUAAUUUUAUUUAUGAGUCUAAAGUGCAGGUACAUUCUGAAAAUGCAAAUGCGUUUCUGUUCAUCUAUUUUUUUAUUUUGAAUUAUGACACAGAUUUGCUCAGACAGAUGUUUAUAGAACUGAAGUUUCAGUGAGAGAGGAGGAAGAACAGUUUCAGGAGAAGGUCGUGUGAGAAGACAUGACAAUCGAACUUUGAAAUAAAGUUUAAAAGAGAAGAUUCCUACAUCUGGAGGAUCUUCUCAGGUUUCUCAGAUCUUCUCAUGUCUUCUCUGAAUCUUCUCAGGCUUCUCAUGUCUCUUCUCAUGUCUCAGGCUCAGAACCUGGUGAGCGCCCCGAUGGAGAGAUGUCUCAGUCACCUGAUCCAGGACCAAGGAAAAGGUCUCCUCAGUCUGAUCCUCUCACUCAUCGGGUUAAAGGUCAGUCUGCCGCUGUCCAGAUCUGAGGAGGUCAGAGGUCAACGUGUUUACAGCUGCAGGUGAAGCAGAGCUGUGUGUGUGUGUGUGUGUGUGUGUGUGUGUGUGUGUGUGUGUGUGUGUGUGUGUGUGUGUGUGUGUGUGUGUGUGUGUGUGUGUGUCACAGGUCACCUCGUCAUGUGAUCAGCUGAGGGACUUUCUGUGUGGAACGCUGUUGUAUGUCCAGCAGGAGGAGCUGUGUGUGAGGAGGAGUCUGUGGGAGGAGGUGCAGCAGAGUUUGGACCUCCUGAGGGAGAAGAACCUCAUCACUGAGUCAGCUGACCGUCUAAGUCUGGAGGUCACCGGGCUGGGCCGGGCCACCUACAAAGGUUGGGGGGGGGGGGGGGGGGGUCUGAGUCUGAGGAGAACUUCUGGUUCCACUGGUUUCACUGGCUGUUCUUUUACUGGUUACACUGGAUUCACUGGUUUCACUGGUUUUUAAUAAUUCCGCUGGUUUCACUGAUUCCACUGUUUUUACUGGUUACACUGGUUUUUCAUGUUUCACUGGUUUAACUGGUUCUACUUAGGGAUGUGCUGAUAUACGAUUUAAUCCUGAUAUGCAAUAUUAAACGGCCACGAUCAUGAAAUCGUAAGGUACUGUAACAAUCGUUCUACAGUUAUAAUUUAAAGACAAGUGGCAGCGUCACUCAGCGAAGGUGAGCGAAGCCGAGUACUUACCAACCUAACCCUCUUGUAGUCUUACCCACGGUGUCAAAGCCUCGGUGGCAAAAUGUAGAAACAAACCACCACAAAAGUAGUCCCAAAUCCAAAUGAACAAAAACAGGAACAUUAAAAGAGAAAAUGAAGAAAUUUUACAACAAAAUGAGUGGCCACCAACAAUGCAUUGCGGCCACUCAAAGCACUGUGGGAGCAUGUCCACAAUGCAUCCCAUCCGCUCAUUAGCUUCUUAAAGUGGAGGAGAUAUGCUCUGAUCUUUUAAAAACACGAGUACUGGAUCACGACAACAUGUCAAAUGGAGCAGCAAACUUUUGUUCUGUUUUUAUGUGUCCCAAAAAUGCACAUACAGAGGUGUACUUGGGUACAUAAACUGUACAGUAAACUGUCGGGACAGCAAAUAUUCUGAAUUAGAGGGCUAUUGUUUUCGGCUUAUGUGAAUAGUCUGAAUGAAAUCAUUAAAGGCACACGCUUUUGAAUCUACCCAAUGGUAAGAAAAGCUUGGAUUAUUUCGCCUUGUUGUGUACUUUCAAACGUGCUCCUGUCAGGGGUGCAUUCAACGGCAGGGGUGCAUUCUACGGCAUAACACCGGACCAAGAACAGUCGCAGACUGAGAAUGACGAAACGCCUCGGCUGUAUCCUCCUAUUAAAAAGGUUUUCGUCGGCAGUAUGGACGUUUUACGGCCUCACGAAACAUACGAAGUUGGUAAACCUAACACCAAUCUGCAGGUUAUGCAGUAAGGAAGUUGCAGCGCCGUUGUCUAACACUUCAAACCUACAUGGCCACCUCCGUGAACACCAUCCAGCAUCGUUCGCCCAAAUCAAGGUAAAAACAACAUGACCGCAACAAGUUUGGUCGACUCUACUGCUUAUAAUUGACAACAUUCGUGACGUUUCUGCUAACUUUAGCUCCUAAAAGCUAAUGCUCCCAACAUCGCGUUAGCUGCUUCUUGCUCAGAUUGUUUGUGCCUGUUGUGCUGUGCACAGAGAAGUGAUUUCGCAGUUUUUUGCCAUUUGUAAUAACGUUAAAAGCAAUGCGCUAAUAUCAUGAUAAUAUCGCGAAUCGUGAUAUUUUGGGCCACCAAUAUCAUGAUAUCAAAUUUAUAAAGUUCUACUUUAACUGCUUCCACUGUUUUUUUACUGGUUGUAUUGGUUUGCUGGUUUAACUGUUUUCUCUGGUUCCACUAGUUUCACUGGUUGCUCUGGUUUUACUGGUUCUACCUGUUUUACUGGUUCCAUUGGUUUCACUGGUUUCACAAGUUUUACUUGUUCCACUGGUUUUGAUGGUUCUACUUUUACUGGUUUCACUUUUUUUACUAGUUCCACUGGUUUCCCCUUUACUGGUUUCACUGGUUUUACCGGUUCCUCCGUUUUCAGACAUUUUCUCCACAGUCCAUGUUCUCAUGUCUCUGUGUCCUCUUCCUCUUCCUCUUCCUCUUCCUCGUCUUCAGCCUCUGUGGACCUAGACUACAGUGAAGUCCUCUACAGGGACCUGUCUAAAGGUCUGGAGGGUCUUCUGCUCAACAGUUACCUUCACCUGGUCUACCUGGUGACCCCGUACGACCUGGUCUCUCAGGUCAAACCUGAUUGGAUGACCUUCUACAGACAGGUGCAGACCCGCUCUCAGACAUUAGACUCUAAUGUCUAAUGAUUAGAGGGUCCCUUUAAGGCACUCAGGGUGAUCAUGUGACCCAUAUGUCUCUGCUGCAGUUCACCCUCCUGACAUCCUCGGAGCAGAAGAUGUCCUCAGCCGUCGGAGUUCCUGAGAGUUUCGUGGCCCGAAAAGCAGCAGGACAGGCGGUCAAGAAGGUAACAAAAAACACAGAUGUUGAUCUGAUUUCAGGGCUCUGAGGGUCCCGUCAGGGGCCUUAUGGGUCACUACUGUGUUUUUUCUGGUUCCCUGUGUUGUGGUUCUGGUUCUGAUCUCAGAGCGUGGACAUGGAGGUGGUGAGCAGGAUGUACCUGGCUCUGGUCCUCUUCUCCCUCCUGAAGGAGACCAACCUGUGGGGCGUGGCUGAGCGCUUCCAGCUGAGCCGAGGAUUCGUCCAGAGUCUGCUCAGCUCCUCCUCGGCCUUCUGCUCCUGUGUGCUGCACUUCACUGAGGUAACAGACCCCCCCCCCUCUGUCCCAGACCAGUCUGAGCUCUGGAUCCGGACCAGUUCUGAUGGUCUGUGUCUGUGUUUGGUACCAGGAGCUGGAGGAGCUGUGGCCAUUCAGAGCUCUGCUGAGCGAGCUGACCAAGAGGCUGAGCUUCUGUGUGAGAGCAGAACUCAUCCCUCUGAUGGAGGUGGCUGGGGUCAUGGAGGUCAGUGGGGGGGGGUUCCUGGGAUUAUCUAUGAUAACUGAACCUCUGACUAACUAAACCUCUAACUAACUUAACCUCUGACUUACCUGUACGAAGUUCACUUUACUCCUGAGAAUUUAUCAAACAUUACAUUAAGAUUAUUUAUUCGAUCAAAUAUACACAGAAAAAUUUUAGACAGGAAAUUCCCUUUUUUGUGAGUUAAGUUAUUAUAGAUAAAGAUAAAGAUAUAGAUAAAGUUAUUUAUCUUAUAUGUACCCCUCUCAUUCCUUUCUGUUCAUUUACCCUUUUCAUGUCUUUACAAUUUCUGAUGUCGCCAAAAAGUAACCAAAGCUCCAAAGUCUAACAUGAAAAGAAUACUUCAAAUCUGUCAUUUGUACCAUACCCAUAUACAGUAUAAUAAGUGUGGCAAAACAAAAAUCACUUUUGAAGAGUGGUACCAACGCCUGGCUGUUUUAAAUUCCUCUUAAAACAUACCUUCCCUCUCUUCCAUUAAACAUUUUCUGUAUAUUAAUAGGGAGUAGAUUGUUACUAUCUUUAUACAUUGUCUGUGCAGUUCUAAAUUCUACUCAAUCGGCAAAUUUUAAUACUCUUAAUUUAAGAAACGGUUCAUUAGUAUGAUGGAAGAAUCCUACCUUGUUAAUAAUCCUGAUUGCUCCCUUUUGCAUAAUAUAUAAAUAGGUUGAGUAUUCAUUUUGUAUUUCCCCAGACUUCUAUGUAAUAAGUCAGAUAUGGUAAUAUAAGUGUAUUGUAUAAUAAGUAUAAAGUUUUAUGGUUUAAUUUGUGUCUUGUUCUAUCCAAAACGCCAAUACUCCUAACAUAGUUUAUUUGUGGUUUCCAGAUGAGAUUAUGGUCCAUUUUCACCCUUAAAAAGUUGCACUCAUACACCCUUCUUAUCUUAAUAUUAUCAACACUCACUUAAACCUCUGUGUUUGGAGGCACUGUAUAAAGACAGAAGUGUCCUCAGGGGGGCAGCAGAGAGCUGAGAAGAGGUAAAGGAGGACAGUCAAAAAAAAAAGUCUCUUCUUCUUUGUGUCUUUACAGUUUUAUCUCUUAAGUCUUUUUCUUUAUAAACAAAUUAAAAAAUGUUCAGAGUUUAUAGAAACACGUGAGUUCAGACCUUCAUCAGAAUAAAUGAGUUUUUAAUAAACAGGAGCUGGUCUGCACAUCUCUAGGUUUACUGAAUCUUCUCUAAAUUCUCUUUUUUUCCCUCAGUUUUUACAGUUCAAACCAACUUCAACUCUUAACUUUGAUUUCCUCGCCAGUUUCGAGCGAAGCAGCUGUAUAACGCCGGCUACAAAACACUGACACACCUGGCGAAUGCCGACCCGUCUGUUCUCUGUAAGACGAUAGAAAACCUGUUCAAGAAACAAGCCAAUCAGAUGGUCGCCUCAGCCAAGGUGAACGUCCCGCCAUGUCUGUGGAGCUGUCAGACAGUGGACAUGAUGUUCGACCUGUAAACUGCUCUCUGUGUGAGUCACAUGACCUAUUUCUGUGUGUGUUGUAGAUGCUGCUGAAUGAAAAAGCUGCAGCUCUGCAGGAAGAGGUGGAGGAGCUGCUGACGAUGCCUGCAGAUCUUCCUCAGGCUGACCGACAUUAAUUUAUCACAGCAGAGUUUUAUUCUGAGUGUACAUGCCUUGAGUUUGAUCUGUUUGUUUUAUAUCUAAUUAAAAUAAUGUCCAAAUAAUGCUGUGUUUACUGCUUUAUAAAGACAUUCAGUGUCCUUCAGUCACAUACAGGAGUUCUUCAGGUGUUUCCUCUCACUGUCAGGUGACUGUCUGUUUUUAAAAUCUACAUUUGAGACCAAUCUGAAACUAUUUAGACUGAAGUAAGCUAACAGGCUAACCUAAGUGUGUACAGAGGGAGCUUUAAUAAUAAAAAUAAUAAUAAUAAUGAUCCACAGAACUGAGUUCACACACACAAACAGCUGCAGUAACAGUCUGACCUUCCAAAACACAGAUCCAUGUCCACACCCUGGGAUGAAUUAAAGUUUAUCUUAGAAAUCAAAGAAGGGUUUAGACGUUUGAUAUCAAAAAAAAUCACAGAGCUGUGCUUUAAUCGUCCCAGUUUAGAAUCCAGACUCACUUUUAUUCACAAACUCCGAGUAUCUGCAUUAUUUUAUUAUGUCUGCUCUGGAUUUAUGAGACUUUGACUGGAGUCCGAUAUUUUUAUUUCUCUCAGUAUCAUCCAGAGUUCAGGUUAAUCCUCAGUGUUCAUGUUUUUAUCAGAAUUCAUCAGGAUGAACCCAAAACUGAAGAAAGUAGGAAGAGCCGUGUUAGUGGAGAUAAACUUGAUUCACACUUGCUCUGUGUUUGACUUUGGUUUUACUUCAUUAAAACUUAUUUUAGAGUUUAUUUCAAACUCAUUUCAGAGUUUAUUUCAAACUUAUUUGAAAGUUUGUUUAAAACUGUUUUUAAAGUUUAUUUUAAGCUCAUUUUAGAGUUUAUUUUAAACUCAUUUUAGAGUUUAUUUAAAAACAAUUUUAGAGUUUAUUUAAAACUCAUUUUAGAGUUUAUUUUAAAAUAAUGUUAGAGUUUAUUUUAAACUAAUUUCAGCUUAUUUCAAAAGUUUAUUUUUCAGAGUAUAUUUAAAAAAUUAUUUUAGAGUUUAUUUAAAACUCAUUUCAGAGUUUAUUUAAAACUAAUUAUAAAGUUAAUUUUAAACUUAUUCCAGUUUAUUUUUAGAGUUUAAUUAAAUUUUAAUUAAUUAAAUUUUAUUUUUAAUUAAUUUAAACUCAUUUUAGAGUUUAUUUCAAACUAAUUUUAAAGUUUAUUUAAAAAACUAAUUUUAGAGUUUAUUAAAAACUGAUUUUUGAGUUUAUUUAAAAAUAGUUUUAAAGUUUAUUUUAAACUUAUUUCAGAGUUUAUUUUUAGAGUUUAUUUCAAACUCGUUUUAGAGUUUAUUUAAAACUUAUUUUAGAGUUUAUUUAAAAACUAAUUUUAGAGUUUAUUUAAAACUAAUUUUAGAGUUUAUUUAAAAACUCAUUUUAGAGUUUAUUUAAAACUUAUUUUAGAGUUUAUUUAAAACUAAUUUUAGAGUUUAUUUAAAAACUCAUUUUAGAGUUUAUUUAAAACUUAUUUUAGAGUUUUUUUCAAAACUCAUUUUAGAUCCCUGAACCCUGAAUACGUUUUCAUGAUUACUAAAAAGUUUGACAGAUUUAGAGCCAUGAGCCCACAGGAGAGUUUACAGAUUUACAGCUGGAGUCUCCAGGAUUUCUAAAAGACUGUUGAACCUUCUUCCUUCUUUCCUCCUCAGAGACUCUCAUCUCAUCCUGUACAAUAUCAUCUGUGAUGUGAAAUACAGCAGUUCAUCCAUCAUUUAUUAUUAUUUAUCAUGUGAAAUAUGGCAAUUCUCAUACCUCAUGUACCCCACCGACUUGUCCUCCAUUUCAUACAUACACACUCAGCACCUACUGCAUCACUUGUUCACUUUGUAAAUAUUUCUCUUAUACUUUUACUUUUUAUUUUAUUUUAUUCCUCUCAGUAGUUAUUGUGUGUUUUAUCUAUACUCCUUUGAGUUGAGCGGUCCUCUCAUCCAGGACAUUUCAUUGCAUUGUUGACCUUGCCUAACAUGAACAUGACAAAUAAAUAAAUCUUCAAUCUUCAAUCUAGAAUCUUCUCUGAAUGUCCUUUUUAUUCUUACUCACCUUUCACCUUUUCACAUUCAUAUUCAUUUAAUAGAAGUUUAAUAUUUAUUCUUUGCUCUUUUUGAACUAAAUAAAGUUUUUUAAGAACUUUUAAGCUCAUUAAUAAUCAUCAAUCCUCACAGAGACAAUUCCGGAGACUUUAAAGGAACAGUUACACUUUUUUAAUCCGGAACUGUCGAGUUUGGAGGUGGAGCUGGAUUACCGGAUUAUUCCCGGUUGUCGGUCCCUGCGGGUCUGCCCCCCCCCCUUCCUGCUGGUGCAGGAAGUGUUGAUCUCUCUCUCUUUCUCUCUCUCUCUCUCUUUCAAACACACACACACACAUACACACAUACACACACACACACGUUUUCAGUCAUGAAGUCGGUCCCGGUUGUCCUGCUGCUCCUGGUCCGGUCUCUGCUCGGUUUCCACGUCCCUGAGGUGAACUGGACUUCGUCGGAGGACCCGAACCUGGCUGCGAGUCUGGAUCGGUCCUCCUCGGUGACCCGCCGGGUGGAACCUCGUUUUCUGUCCGUCACUAUCGAUGCGAGUCUGGCUUCAGAGGAGAAGUUCAUGUACCUGCUGGGGUGAGAGGAACUCUUUAAUGAUCCAGCAGCUGUUCGUAAAGCUCUCCGGUUCUGAUCCUCUAAAUCCGGUUAAUGACUUCUGAUCCGCCUCCUAAAGUUCCUCUGAAAUAAUCCGGUAAAAUCCUCACAGAUGAUCAGAGUCUGCUCUCAGGAGGGUUUCUAAUCUCAUUAAAAUUCUCCUGUCUCACUCUGACUCCUUAAAUGAACCUUAAGUCUCCAGUACCAGAACCGUCAGAGAGGCGGACAGGAGGUUCUGGACUGAGUGAGGCUGAUCCAGACCACCACAGUAAUUUAAGAGGGGAAAAAUAACGAGUUUGUACUGCAGGGGAUGAUAUGAGAAAACCUGAGAAAUCCAGUUUCUCAUGACUCUCAUCAGCUUCAUCAGGUCUCAUUUCUCUGAGCUUGAUCCAAUUUAAGUGGGUUUGACCUCCAAAGAGACUCCUCUGUGCCCCUUUAACAAAAAUGAUAAUAAUGAUGAUGAUGAUAAUAAUGAUAAUGAUAAAAUAACAAUGAUAAUGAUGAUCAUAAUGAUAAAAUAAUAAUGAUAAUGAUGAUGACAGUGAUAAUAAUGAUAAUGAUAAAAAUAAUGAUAAUGAUGAUGAUAAAAAUAAUAAUGAUAAUAAUGAUAAUCAUGAAAAUAAUAAUUAUAAUGACAAUGAUAAAAAUAAUAAUGAUAACUAGGGCCCCGGUGGGGCACUGUCGGGCCUGAGCCGCAUCGCGCCGCCCCCAGCGCGACCGCCUCCCCCUCCCGAUCGCGUCACACUUAAGGUCCAAAGAUGGUGUGCGCACUUGUCUGUGGUCAUUUCCCAUUAUAAUGAAUGGGAGGCGCAGUUUCUACCAAAACACUCGCUGCAGACAAACUUCAUGUCCUAUUUGAAAAAAGUCUGGACCAUGAGUGAGGGCACAAACACAGCUAGGAUAUAUCCAAAUGGCAGGUUGCUCCUCCUUACGGUGUUGCCGGGAGAGCGAUGCGAUUGAGCCAUUGAGCGAUGGGCAGGAAAAACUUGACUUUUUCUCCUGCCAUGGGGGGGAGCUCUUUUAGGGAGUAAAAAUUCCUUCACAAAUGUGUUGAUGGCUAGACAUUGCAUCAUCCUAGAAAACUUAGAGGCCAGUGGGGACAAAAAUAAAAAGUUAUAAGACUUUUAAGAAUGUGGAUUUUUGGGUUAUCUUUGGCGCCCCCUAGAACGUAAACCGUGGGGUGCAGCGUCAUGAUUUGUACAAUUUUUAAUGGCCAUGAGGUGUAGAUUGGCCUGAGCAAAUUUGGUGCCGGUGGAACGAAAGCCUUCGGAGGAGUUAGCAAAAUUCCAUUAUGUGCGGAUCGGCAAAAAAUGCGAAAUAGCCCUUUAACCGUACAUUUGACAGAUACGCCCGCGCUGACUUUUUUGUAGAUCUUAUUGAGAUACACGUGUGUGUCAAAUUUUGUGUCAAUAUGACAAAGCGUACAGGCGUGACACUCAACAAUAUGUAUUUUCACCUUAGGGGACAAGAAAAAAUGGACUUUUUUCUCCUGCCAUGGGGGGGAGCUCUUUUGGGGAGUAAAAAUUCCUUCACAAAUGUGUUGAUGGCUGGACAUUGCAUCAUCCUAGAAAACUAGGAUGAUGCAAUGUCCUUGCAAACCCAGUGACACUCAAUCAUGUGAAUUUUUCACAUUAGGGGGCACUAUGGAGCCAUUUUGCAUUUGAUUGUUUGGGCGACUUCAGAAUAUCGAAUUUUUCACCAGGCCCGGUCGUCCUGCCAAAUUUCAUGAGUUUUCACCAGUGGGAAGUGGGCCAUUUUCCAGUUCAAAGUGGCAGAAAAAUAAGAAGAAGAAGAAAGAAGAAUCUAUCAGGAACAAUAGGGCUCUCGCAGCUGCUUAGCAGCUACGCUCGGGCCCUAAUGAAUAUGAUAAUGAUGAUGAUAAUGAUGAUGGUGAUAAUAAUGAUAAUGAUAAUAAUGAUUAUUACUCUCAGAGUAAAGGUUUGUAUCAGGCUGAUGUGUGUUCUCCUCUAUAACUCCGAUAAAAAACCAUUAAACCAGGGACCGGUCUGGACCCUGAUGAAGUGGGUGGCAUAAAUAGGGGAGACCGGGGCUCAACGUCCCUGAGAAGAAACAGGUCACAGUUAUGGCACGGACCGCACAUGCUCAGUCAGAACUUGACAGUGUGACCGUUUCACUCACAUUUAUGACUAGAAAUAGAUGUAUGUAAAUUGUAAAAUGUAUUUGUAAAAUGUAUUCCAUAACCGCGAUUAACAACAGAAGCGCGGUUAAAUCUACUUGGCACCCUCACUGUCAACGUUGGGUGUUGAAUAAGGGACCAUCAAUAAAUUACCAGUUGAUGUUCUCAAAAAAAGGCUGUUUUCCUUCAAUAGCUUCCAUGUCAUGUGACCAAAAGACCUAAAAUUGAUUUCUAAUAAUAGUACUAAGGUCGGACAAAAAGACAAACAUUAUUGAUCAGUUUUCAUUGAUCCCCUAAAGUUCUUUGUGUGCUCCUUGUUAAAAAGUUAGUGUCAGUUUGGUUCUUGUUCUAGAAGAAAAGUGUUUUUAGGUCACCGUCUGAGGGGUGAGCAAGGGAGCACUUUAAUCUGACUGCUAAAUAUCACCAUGGCGCCUGGCCUGACCCUCCUGGACCCACCCUGUUCUUAUCAGCCUGUCUCUGUUAGUGUGAACAGAAACAGACGCAUUUUGCGCCGACUCCACCCCCUGGACUAUUUCCUGUUCACCCUUGUUGUCCCUUUAGGGUAAAGUGCAGGUCAGGUGAGCUCAGGUGAGAACGCAGCAGUAAAUCUUGCGGAUGAUUCUCUGCCAAUGGCGUUGGCGGGUGUUGGUCUUGUUUAGUUUUUCAAUAACAAAGGUGUUUGGUUCCAGGUGAGGCCCAUGAGUGUGUGUGUGUGAUUUGGAGGUGGGACUCCACAGGGGUCUGUUCAGGGUUACAGCAGUUUAUUUUCAUCAUCACUCUUAUGGACAGAGUGUAUAUUAUAGUUUAUGUAUGUUUAGGAGGUCAAACUCUCUCUGUGUUUAAACGUCUAAAAUGUUAAGAUCUCUGUAAAUGUGAAUCUGAGUCUCUUAAGAGUUUUUUAAGGUUUCCGUAGUUUUAAAAAAGGAGAACAGCAGUUUUAGUUCCACUCUGACUGGAAAUUAUUCUCCAGGUUUUUAUUAAUUUAGGAACUAAAGUGAAAAACCCUGUUUCACUCCCUCUCAUAGUUUCCCUGCAAAACCAAAUUAGAGACUGUAACAUGGAGUAUCUUUAAUUUAGCAGCAGUGAAGUCAACACCAUGUGACUGAACAUCAGUCCUUAAAAAGCUGCUGAAUCCUCUGAUAUAAAAAAAAAAUCAGAAAAAUGUCCAAAUAUGAACCUUUAAGAACACAGAUCAGCGGUUGAGCUCAGUUUGAUCUCUUUGUCUAUGAUUUAUUUGUCUGAAGAAAAAAAACAGAAAAAUGUCCUUUAAAAGAAAAAAUCCGAUAUUGAGCUCAGUUUGAUUUCUCCUCUCUGUGCACAUCUUUGUUUGCUCUCAUGAACUCUCUCUGUUGUUUGUCAUGCUGCCUGUUUCCUUUUGAUAAAGUAGGUUUGAGAUUAUUGAAGUAUGGAUUUGUUCCACAGGAAAUGACUUUAUAUGGGCAGGAAUGUUCUUAAACUGCAAAUAAAUACUGAGUCAUAAAAAAAACACAAAGAUAUUUUCUUUUCUCUCAUGGACUCUGAUGUUUUCCAUUUUGUUUCCAGCUCUCCAAAGCUAAGAACUUUAGCUCGAGCCUUGACCCCGGCUUUUCUGAGAUUUGGGGGGACCAGGCAGGACUUCAUGGUGUUCACGCCCCAGAGUCAGGGGGACUCUUCAGGAUCUUCUCCGGGUAACACUUCAUGUUCCUCUGAUCCUGCUGGUGGGUCCAUAAUAGAGUUUGGUAUCUGUGAGUCAGAGCAGACUCCUCCUCCUUCUGUAAUCCUGUUUCCUCCCACACUGGUUUGUCAGGCUGUCAUGUGAAAUGUGUUCAGACUCGCUCACAGACAAACCUCAGACCUUCUUACUCAGCAAAUACUCAAGAACACAAACAAGUGGACUAGGGAGUCAUCUCUCCUGAUGCUGUGAUUGAUGAACAUAUGUUUAUUUAUAUAUAAAACAGUUGGGAGUAACUUCAAGUUUUUGUUCACAAUGCUUUUUUUAAAAUCCAGCACAAGUUUCACCAUAUCACGAUGUGAAACGUGUUCAGACUUGCUCACAGACAAACCUCAGACCUCCUUACUAGCAAAUACUCAAGAACACAAACAAGUGGACAUGGGAGUCUUCUCUCCUGAUGCUGUGAUUGAUGGACUUAUGUUUAUAUAUACAGUGCAUCUGGAAAGUAUUCAUACCACUUUUUCCACAUUUUGUUAUGUUACAGCCUUAUUCUAAAAUGGAUUAAAUUCCCCUUUCCCCUCAAAAAGUCUUCACAAAAUACCCCAUAAUGACAAGGCGAAAAACUUAUUGUAGAACAUUUUGCAAAUUUGUAAAAAAAAAAAAAGAACACUCAAAUGUUGCAUAUACAAGGGUAUUCACACCCUUUACUCAAUGCUUGGUCGAAGCACCUUUGGCAGCGAUUACAGCCUCCAGUCUUCUUGUGUAUGAUGCAACAUGUUAGACGUUCAUGUUCAAUCGGGUUCAAGUCUGGGCUCUGGCUGGGCCACUCAAGGACAUUCAGAGACUUGUCCUGAAGCCACUCCUUUGUCUUCUUGGCUGUGUGCUUAGGGUCAUUGUCAUGCUAGAAGAUGAAGCGUCGCCCCAGUUGAAGGUCUCGAGUGCUCUGGAGCAGGUUUUCAUCAAGGAUUUCGAUGUACUUAGCUGCAUUCAUUUUUCCCUCAAUCCUGACAAGUCUCCCAGUUCCUGCAGCUGAAAAACAUCCCCACAGCUUGAUGCUGCCACCACCAUGCUUCACUGUAGGGAUGGUAUUGGCGAGGUGGUGUGUAUAUAUAUACACAUACACAUGUGUAUAUAUGUAUAUGUGUGUGUGUGUGUGUGUGUGUGUAUAUAUAUGUAUGUGUGUGUGUGUGUGUGUGUAUAUAUAUGUAUGUGUGUGUGUGUGUGUGUGUGUGUGUGUGUAUGUAUAUGUGUGUGUGUGUGUGUGUGUGUGUGUGUAUAUAUAUGUAUAUGUGUGUGUGUGUGUAUAUGUGUAUAUGUGUCUGUGUGUAUAUAUGUGUGUGUGUGUAUAUAUGUAUAUGUGUGUGUGUGUGUAUAUGUAUAUGUGUGUGUGUGUGUGUGUAUAUAUGUAUAUGUGUGUGUGUGUGUGUGUGUGUGUGUGUGUGUGUGUGUGUGUGUGUGUGUGUGUGUGUGUGUGUGUGUGUGUGUGUGUGUGUGUGUGUGUGUGUGUGUGUGUGUGUGUGUGUGUGUGUGUGUGUGUGUGUGUGUAUAUAUGUAUAUGUGUGUGUGUGUAUAUACACUCACCGGCCACUUUAUUAGAUACACCUGUCCAACUGCUCGUUAACACUUAAUUUCUAAUCAGCCAAUCACAUGGCGGCAACUUAGUGCAUUUAGGCAUGUAGACAUGGUCAAGACAAUCUCCUGCAGUUCAAACCGAGCAUCAGUAUGGGGAGGAAAGGUGAUUUGAGUGACUUUGAACGUGGCAUGGUUGUUGGUGCCAGAAGGGCUGGUCUGAGUAUUUCAGAAACUGCUGAUCUACUGGGAUUUUCACGCACAACCAUCUCUAGGGUUUACAGAGAAUAGUCCGAAAAAGAAAAAAUAUCCAGUGAGCGGCAGUUCUGUGGGCGGAAAUGCCUUGUUGAUGCCAGAGGUCAGAGGAGAAUGGCCAGACUGGUUCGAGCUGAUAGAAAGGCAACAGUGACUCAAAUAACCACCCGUUACAACCAAGGUAGGCAGAAGAGCAUCUCUGAACGCACAGUACGUCGAACUUUGAGGCAGAUGGGCUACAGCAGCAGAAGACCACGCCGGGUGCCACUCCUUUCAGCUAAGAACAGGAAACUGAGGCUACAAUUUGCACAAGCUCAUCGAAAUUGGACAAUAGAAGAUUGGAAAAACGUUGCCUGGUCUGAUGAGUCUCGAUUUCUGCUGCGACAUUCGGAUGGUAGGGUCAGAAUUUGGCGUCAACAACAUGAAAGCAUGGAUCCAUCCUGCCUUGUAUCAAAGGUUCAGGCUGGUGGUGGUGGUGUCAUGGUGUGGGGAAUAUUUUCUUGGCACUCUUUGGGCCCCUUGGUACCAAUUGAGCAUCGUUGAAACGCCACAGCCUACCUGAGUAUUGUUGCUGACCAUGUCCAUCCCUUUAUGACCACAAUGUACCCAACUUCUGAUGGCUACUUUCAGCAGGAUAAUGCGCCAUGUCAUAAAGCUGGAAUCAUCUCAGACUGGUUUCUUGAACAUGACAAUGAGUUCACUGUACUCAAAUGGCCUCCACAGUCACCAGAUCUCAAUCCAAUAGAGCAUCUUUGGGAUGUGGUGGAACGGGGUAUUCGCAUCAUGGAUGUGCAGCCGACAAAUCUGCGGCAACUGUGUGAUGCCAUCAUGUCAAUAUGGACCAAGCUCUCUGAGGAAUGCUUCCAGCACCUUGUUGAAUCUAUGCCACGAAGAAUUGAGGCAGUUCUGAAGGCAAAAGGGGGUCCAACCCGUUACUAGCAUGGUGUACCUAAUAAAGUGGCCGGUGAGUGUAUGUAUGUGUGUGAGCAUUGUCCUGCAUAAAAAUCAUGGUUUUCUUGAAAGAUGCAGACUUUUUCUUAUACCACUGCUUGAAGAAAGUGUCUUCUAAAAACUGGCUCUAGGUUUGGGAGUUGAUUUUAAGUCCAUCUUCAACUCAAAAAGGUCCAGCUAGCUCAUCUUUAAUAAUACCAGCCCAUACCAGUACCCCGCCUCCACCUUGCUGGUGUCUGAUUCGAAGUGGAGCUCUGUGCCCAUUACUGAACCAGCCACGGGUCCAUCCAUCUGGUCCGUCAAGAGUCACUCUCAUCCCAUCAGUCCAUAAAACCUUUGAAAAAUCUCUCUUCAGAUAUUUCUUGGCCCAGUCUUGACGUUUCAACUUGUGUCUUGUUCAGUGGUGGUCAGAUUUUAGUCUUUCUUACCUUGGCCAUGUCUCUGAGCACUGAACACCUUGUACUUCUGGGCACUCCAGGUAGGUUGCAGUUCUGGAAUAUGACGGCACCGGAGGAUAAGCGGUUCCUGGUAGCUUUACGUUUGAGUCUUCUCAAAUCUUUGGCAGUAAAUUUGCGUUUUUUUUUCUUAACACAUUUCUUGCGACCCUGUUGACUAUUUGCAUCAAAAUGUUUGCUGGUUCUGUGAUCACACCCAAAUAUCUAAGCAAUUUCAAGAGUGCUGCAUCCCUCUGAAAGACUUUUUACAAUUUUUGACUUUUCAGAGUCAUUUAAAUCUCUUUUUUGGCCCAUUUUCCCUGAGGAAAAGAAGCUGCCUAAUAAUUAUGCACACCUUGAUAUAGGGUUUUGAUCUCGUUAGGCCCCAGCCUCCCUCAUUACACUAAUACACAUUACCUGAUAUGCUUAUAUCCAAUAAACAUUCAAGUUUAUACAGCUUGGAGUUGGAAAAUAUGCAUAAAAAUGAUGAUAUGAUUAAAAUACUCACUUGCCUAAUAAUUGUGCACACAGUGUAUAUGUAUGUAUAUGUAUAUAUAUAUGUAACAUGUUGCAUCAUACACAAGAAUCCAUAUAUAUAUAUAUAUAUAUAUAUAUAUAUAGUACUGAUCCACGCCACUCUCUCCCGUUGUUAGCGGCUCUGACCUGUGCUAAACUGGAGCUGCCUCCAUGGCUGGAGGAGAAGCUGAAGAAGGAGUGGACUCGACAACAAGUCCUCCUGAUGAGGGAAGACCUGGGCAGGAAGUACAGGAGCGUCAAGUUCACAGGUCUGAAAACAAACACAAACCAGCAGCUUUAUCUGUGUUUAUAUAUAUCUUCUGUUACCAUGACAACCUGACUCCCCCUCCUUUAACAGAGAACACUAUCGACAUGCUGCACUCCUUUGCUAACUGCUCAGGGAUGGACCUGAUCUUUGGACUGAACGCUCUGCUUAGAACAGCUGAGAACACCUGGAACAGCAGUAACGCCCGCUCACUGCUGCAUUACUGUGAAUCCAGAGAGUACAGGAUGUCCUGGGAGCUGGGGAACGGUACGCCGACAGGAAAUCAGAAUCAGAAUCUUUUUAUUGUUCCAAAAGGGAAAUGAGUAUUGCAGCCAGAGCUCACAAAGACAGAAUACACAGUGACAUACAGUAAGAACAGUCUAAAAGUCAAAUGAUAAAAACAACACAAUAAAAGAAUCACCAUACAUAUACACAGGAUCACUAAAAAGUAAUGUUCAGUCCAGAGCCAAUACCAAAACUGGAAAAGAUUAACUGCUUUAACAAACUGUGAAAAAGUGUGAAAUGCGGAUGUGCAAAAAGGCAAUAAACAGUGCAAAGAAGAACAUGGACAAUCUAAGGCCUGAUUACCGUUCAGUAAAUGGAUCGCACUGGGGAUAAAUGAGAUCUGAAAUCUCUUCAUCCUCCUCGUAGGAGCCUGAUAAUGAUGCCCUGAUGGCAAAAGCUCGAAUUCAUAGUGCAGAGGGUAGUUCGGACAAUCCAGAACAGCAUUAGCCUUCCUCAUGACCUGUCUGUUAUAGAUCAACAUGACCCCUGACUGCCGUUUUAACAAGGCUCCCCAGGCGAUUCUUGUUGGACCAGUUCAGGUUCCCAAAUCAUGCCACUAUACAAAAAGUUAAAACAGAUUCAAUAAAUCUUUUAUAAAAGAGAGUCAUCAUCUCAGAAGAAACAUGACAGGUUCUCAUCUUCCUCAAGAAGAACAACUUUCACUGAACGUCAGCGUGAGGUUCGAAACCCAGUUUAUCAUCUAGGACCAAACCCAGAUAUUUGUUACUUUCCACCAUCUCAACAUCAGCACCCUUAACAACAGUUUGGGGUGGAAAAGAGGUAGCCUUCCUAAAAUCAAUUAUCAGUGUCAAUGUCAAUGUCAGCUUUAUUUAUACAGCCCAUUUAAAAACAGCCAGCGGCCUACCAAAUUGCUUUACAGUAAAAUAGCCAGAAACAAUAAAAAACUAUAAAAACUAUAAAAACAGUAGAAGCAUAAAACAUAUAAAAACAUAAAACAACAAUAAAAAUAAACAGCAAAUAAAUAAGAUACCCAAUAAAAGUAGCUAUACUUCCCCAAAAGCUAAAGUGAACAGGUACAUCUUUGGAAGGGUUUUAAAAGUAGAAAGGCUGUUAGCAGUGCGCACUGUCAGGGGUAAAGCCACAACAGAAAACGCUCAAUCUCCUCUAGAUUUUAAAAAGGAUCAAGGAACAUCUAAAACCACCUUAUUAGCUGACCUCAGGGCUCCGGAGGGCUGACACAGUUUAACAAGGUCAGACUUUUGAAGCAGUGUCAUGUUUUAUCGAGUGAAUAAAAUAUCUCAUACUGGGAUUCUUACUGUUGUUAUUGUUUAAUGUGGUAAAGGGUGGAGCGAUAAAGACAGGUGGUGCAGUUUGUUCACAUUUACAGUCGUGCUCAGCGAUGACCCUGACCCUCGUCUGUCUUUAGAGUUCCUCUUCUCAGUUCUCAUUUAUAUCAGAGAGUCUCCUCGGUGUUUCUGAAGGUGUGCAGUCGUCCUCCUCUCUGUCUAGACUUAAACUCGUACAGAUUCUCUCUCGCGCGCUCUCUCUCUCUCUCUCUCUCUCUCUCUACCUCCCUCUCUGAGGUUUGAGUCUCAGCUCUGCAUCCGUUUCUCACCUUGCUGCUUGUACAGACAGUCGCUUCCUAACGUCAGACUUCCCUCAGAGUGACUCUGUUCAGUCAGUUGUGGUUUUCAGUUCAGGCGGGCCGACAGGAAGUGAAACUUAUUAUUAACCCUUUGUAUAUUCUGAUGUCGACUCUCUGUCUGUCUGUCUCUCUGUCUGUCUGUCUGUCUGUCUGUCUGUCUGCAGAGCCGAACAGCUACGAGAAGAAGGCGGGGAUCCGAGUGGACGGGCGUCAGCUGGGUGAGGAUUUCACUCGUCUCAGAGAGAUGAUGUCACAGAGCAAACUUUACCACGACGCCGGGCUGUACGGACCAGACGUGGGUCAGCCCAGAGACCACAGGACGGACAUAAUGCAGGGGUGAGAGGUCACGCCAGACCAGAGUCAGGAUCAGGAUCAGUCCAAACAAAAAGAAAUAAAUUUUAGUACAGGAAUAUUUCAGAUUCUGUGUGACUCCCCUCCAGUUGAAAACAGACACAAGGCGUUCCUUUGGUUAUGGGCAUUUAUUUCAGCUCCUUGGAUUUGAGCAUGCUGUUAGAACUCAAACAAUAUAAAAACAUAAUCUGAGUUUGGUAAAACUCUUAAUACAAAAAUAAUACUCUUCAGCAACAAAUGAGUCUCAUAAAACAUAACAUGUAUAAGAAAAACCUUACUACAUAACUUAAAAUGACAUAAACAGAACAGAAAUUGGCCACAUGAAGUCAUUUUUAACUUAACUAAUUUUACUUUGUUACUUUAACUAUUGACUUAUUUAUCAAACAAAAACAAAAACUCAUAAAAUUGACCAGAAUUUCUCUGACGGCAGCUACAGCCUGUUCGUAUCAGCGUCUCAGACUUGUUCUCAGAGCAGACUGCUGUUGUAGAAGAAGAGGGUCUUUAAAGUCCUGAAAGUCCUUCUCCCUGUCAGUGAAGUGUUCCUUGACUUUCUUCAGCCUAAUGAAAUAACUUUAUCUACAAACAUCAAAGAUUCUGGAGAACCAGGACCAGCAGUCCGCUCUCUAACUGGAUUAUAGAUCUUCAUGUGAGAGCUGACCUGCUGAUCUGCAGGAAGCCCUGUUUUCACCUCACACACACUCUUUAGAUAGAUAGAUAGAUAGAUAGAUAGAUAGAUAGAUAGAUAGAUAGAGUCGUGCCAAAAAAUGCAGAUGCUGAUGGAUUGAAGUGUAUUGACUGUGUGUGUGCGUGCGUGCGUGCAUGCGCGUGCGUUCGUGCGUGCAUGCACACGCAUUCGUGCGUGCCUGUGUGUGUGUGUCUGCAGGUUUCUGCAGAGUGGAGCUGAGGCCGUGGACGCUGUGACCUGGCAUCAGUGAGUUGACCUUUGACCUCCAGACUGCAGGACUGUAAAAGUCCGAAAAAGUCUGAAAAGUUCACCAAACUUUAGCGAUCAAACUUUUUGUCUUUAUUUGUUUUUUUUUCUUUCUUUCUCCUUUUUUAUUUUAUUUUAGAAUAGAAUGGAAUAGAAAAUUCCUUUAUUGAUCCCCCAUGGGGGAAAUUUUUUUGUCACAGCAGCAUCACAGACAAAGAGUGCAAAAAUGCAAUUAUAAAAAUAAAGAUCCUAAUAUUAAGAACUUAAAUAAAUGUAAUAAUUAAGAAAAAAUGUAGAAAAGGGAAAAAGGGAGACGAAAAAUAAAACUAUCUACGAUAUACACAAUUUAAAUGCCAGAAAAAAGUGGUGGUGCGAAUCCAGUUAUUAUUACAGUAAUAAGCGCUCUGUCUUGCAAGCUGGAAGGGAAAGUUCCCUGACCGGGAAUCAAACCCAGGCCGCGGCGGUGAGAGCGCUGAAUCCUAACCACUAGUCCUUUCCUUUUUUUCUGUCCUUGUCUUCUUCCUUCGGUCAGUCUCUAUGUUUUUUGUAGUUUUGGACGAACUCGGCUCUGGUGUUUCCCUGUGGAAACUGAAGCCUUGAUCUUAUGUCUGACAGCUUCAAAAUUCUCGAAUCAGUCGUAUAAAUAAAUGAGAGAUAACGGCUGAAACAUUUAUAAAAACAGAAAAGGUUUUUAUUAAAACUGUUUUUGUUUUCUGAAUGAAUCAGGAGGAAUCAGGAAAGAGGUGUUAGAUCAUCCAGAACUGUGGAAAUAAGAGUUUUUGUUUCAGCUCACUGUUACACCCUCACUGUGAGGAUUAAUUGAUGGGUCCUUUCUCCUGGUUUGUAGUUAUUAUGUGAAUGGCAGAGACACGUCUCUGGAGGACUUCCUGAACCCAGACAUUCUGGACACCCUGACCUUGAAGACCACUGAAGUUCUGGAGGUAAUCGUGUGUUUGAGAAGAAGAGAAGAAGGAAAGUUGGAGUUUGAGGUCUGAAUAAUGAUCUGUGUCUCCUCUCUUUGAUCAGACAGUGAAGCUGGAAUCUCCAAGGAAGCCGGUUUGGCUCGGAGAGACAGGCUCCGCCUUCGGGGGAGGAGCUAUAGGACUGUCGGACACCUUCGUGGCAGGAUUCAUGUGAGUUUUCACCAAACUGUAAGUUCUGGUGUUCGGAAAUAAGGCCAGUGAUUAAAACACUGCAGUACCUGUGGUGUCCACUAGAGGCUGGGUCCUGCAGUGACUCAACCGCAAUUUUCACCUUAUCCUGAAUGUCUACAAAAAGGUUGCAUCCUCCGAUCGUAGCUGAUCGUAACAAUUCAAGUUAAUGUGUCAAUUUCUACCGGCUUCUUUCCGUUCCUCUGCCAUCGCCGGACUCCUCAGCUGAUCACAAGAGUUCUAUUUUUUCAGGACGCCGAAGCAUGCCGGAUAAAUUCAGCACAGAUUAACCCGUGCUGGGAAGGAAGUCGGGCAUGGACACAAAAUAAAACAUCCGCCUUCUUUUCAAAAUAAAACACUCUGUGUUUCAGGAGGAUGUUUUUGCAAACCGGCAGAGACAAACAAGUGAAAGGUUUUUAGACGUCAUUUCACCCCGAUGACACCAUGGAUGAGGAGAUGCUGAUUCUAGAAGUCUAGAAGUAGAUUUCCUCCUCUGGAAGGACACAAUCUACAGCUUAUAUGUCUAUGUGGCGGUCUUUAUCGAGACAACUGGUUAUCGCACGAUUGACGGGAAUCCGUGGGUUCUUGUGAGUUCUUGGAAUUACCGCUGUCUGUAAUCCGCCAAGAAAUUCACCUCACAAACGAAUCCGAUAGGAAAUGGCAGACGGUGAAAAUCUGAGCCGUUCCAGAUGUGGUGAAAAUUGGGGGUCAGUCCCCAUAGAGCCCCAUGUUCAAACUGUUGUCAGUCUGGUCAACAGUUUGGGUCUCUGCACAGGACGGCUUUUAGAACACACACUUGUCUGUCAGACAGUGGUUCGGUACCAUGAACCCUUCACAGCAGACUGUGUUUUACUUUUCUGUUUUAUGCAGGGAGUGUGUCGACAGUCUGGAACAGCUUCAUUAUCGGUGUGGAUGUUUACAGAUUAGACUGUUCAAGUCACCGACAUCAGCUGCAAACCUCACCUGAUAUUUUUGAGAAUAAAGAUGAAGUGUGUUUCUUCAGAAUCAGCGACGUGUGCGACCCAACCGUUAAAAAACACUAAAGUUGUACUUUUCACAGUAAAAGACUCCCCGCACUUUUAAACUCUGCUUUUAUUCUGAAGGUCAGCCUAAGAGGAAUAAAACCGAGCAGGGACGUAACUUUACAGAUGUUCUUUAAAAUCACCACCUCAGGUUCAGGGUCGGACUGGUCCUCCUCAGACUAAAGGAUCAUUGGGUUUAGAGAUAAAAGUGAGUUUUUGUUUAUCUCUUAACUUAAGAUUGAAAAAGUGAAACCUCCUCAUGUACAGUUCUGUGGAGAGCUCAGUGGGAUGGUGGGGGUUUGUCAGGAGUCCACUCACAGCUGAUUGAGUUUAGUGAUUACCCAUCAGCCCUGGUCUCAUGACAAACCUUGGUUUUAAACAGACUCACAUGGAGAUCUUUCACACUGAGAGCGUCUCUGUGUGUCUGUGCUCUGAUGUUCUCACUGCUGAAGGUCUUCAACACGCCUCUGUCUUUGGGGUCUGCUGUAGAGGAUCUCUCUCAUGUUCUUGGUGGUCAGACCCCAAAGUUCACCUUCAUUAACUCUUUAUUUCUCUAAACCUGAACUGACUGAGACAAACUUCACUCUAAUGAACUUCAUUCAUGGACCUGACUGUCUGUCCUCUGUCUCCAGGUGGUUGGAUAAACUGGGUCUGGCAGCCAAACUGGGUCUGGAUGUCGUGAUGAGACAGGUGUUGGUUGGUUCGGGAAGUUACCACCUGGUGGAUGAAAACCUGGAUCCUCUACCUGUAAGCUAACCUGUGGGGUUUGACCAAUCAGAAACACUCAGUACGUUUCCAUGACACCCGAGAAAAACGAAUUAUCGCCUUACUCUGAUUAAGACCGGACAACUGAAGUGCAUGUAAACACCUUAGUCCGACUAUAAUUGGAGUUUGAGAACUCCGAUUGAAGUCGGAGAACUCCGAUUAAGACACCCAGGUAAUGCGAUUGGAAUUUGAUUUUCUCUACCAUGUAACCUGCGUGUGAUUUUUUUUUUUUGUAGGAUGGUAGGAGCAAGUCCUGCCUCCUUUGCCUCUGAUUGGAUAGAAAAGCUGGAAACGUCAUCACAUGCUCAAGCCAAAUGCGGGCUGUCAGCCCUGUACAUCGAACAGAACAUUAUAAAACAUUAGCGCACUUCUGAAUCUCCUAACCCUAACCCAACAGACGAAGUUUCGCAGCCAUAAGGAAUAACCAAUCGGAGCCCAGCACUUCUAGCCAAUAAGAGGCGAAGGAGGGCGGGACCUUCCUCUACCAUCCUACAAAAUAAAUUUCGCAACCAGCAUCGUCAGAGUAUGAUCGGACAAUGCAUGUGCGCGUGCGCCAUGCCCCCGUAACCCCAGAACAAAAAAAACAGAGAGGAAGUGUCAAUCAUUUAAAGAACUUUCGACGCAGAAGCAACUGCAACAUGGCUGAACCACGAAAGAAUGUCCACUUUAGGAACGACCAGGAGAGCGCCGUUCUGCUUUCCGACCUAUCAGAAACAGACAUUUUAAAGUAUAUGGACAAUAGCAAAACAAGGAACGGAGACAUCUUUAAACAAAAAUCAGCGGAAACAGCGCCGCUGAAAAGACCCAUAUCACCCCCUAGCUUUGGGGAGGAGGACAUUUAGUUUUCUCAGCUGCAUGUACACUACAGGCCAAAAGUUUGGAAGCAAGGCCAUUACAGGCCGGACAGUUGGGAGUAACUUGGGAGUAAGUUGUAUGUAUUUUGGGAUGUAUUUACUCCAUGAUCAUAUGUUGCUUUCAUGGAAAUGCACCAUUUUACUCCAUUUACCUUUAGAUUUACAUUGAUGUUAACAGAACAUUGCUAAAUAUACUAGCUGUUAAUGAGGAUUUCCCGGGUUUGGAGCCAGCCUCUAGUGGACUCUUGAGGAACUGCAGUUUUAGCACUCCUGCUCUGGCUCCAUUUUUCAUUAUCAGAGGUUGCUGCUUCCUGUAAAGGCGGCGUGUGUUUAAAUAGAAAAUACUGAGUUCGCAGUGAACGCCUUAGAUUCCCCUCAGGAGGUGGUGGAGACCAAAGUCUGAACGAUUCUUGGACCCAUGUUCGUCAGAUGAACACAAACACAAACACCCACUCUUCAUUUACUGAAUGGAAAAAAACUUUCAGAUGAUAAUAUUUACAGUUUGUUCUGCUGCCCCUAGUGGCCAAAAACCCUCACUGCGUCUUCAAAAUGUAAUCAAUAGUUUUUGACAUCUCUGUUUUUCCUUUCACAGGAUGAAAUUUAAUGCAGAGCUUCAGCUAAAACCAUUAUAACUGUGCACAUGUUUGUGUUUUUAAUAACUUAAAAUAAAGAAAAGAAUAAAAAUUUAAUAAUAAUGUGAGUCUCAUUAAAAUAAUCUGGUUUAAUGAAGGAGUCUGCUUUCAAUUCAAUUCAACUUUAUUUAUAUGGCACUUUUCAUACAAAAGGAAAUGCAAUUCAAAGUGCCUCACAGAGGCUAAAAACAACAAUAAAGCCAAAAACCCAACCCUUCCACCCACCCACACACCCAUGGACCCACACGCACACAGAGACACACACCCACCCUCACUCACCCACACAUACACACACACACACAACCGCACACAGUGUGAGAAUUUAAGAUAAAAUUGUAAAGAGACAUGGCCUGACACCGAGACAUGAGGAACGAGCUACCUUUAGGAAACACUGGAGAUAAAAAUAGAGAUAAAAAUGGUGAAAAGAGUAAAACCUGAUGGACUAAAAUAAGAAAAUAAUGAUAUUAAAUGAACAAAUAAAUACAAGGGGUAAAAGAAGUAAAAACCUGUGACGGGAAAUUAAAAAAGGCUAAGAACAGAGAUAAUGAAUAGAAUGACAUAAAAUAAACAUCAAGAACUUUAAUUAAAAUAAACAUUUGCAAUAAGAGAAAUCUAAAAUGGCAAUUAAAAAAAAGCCUGGUUAAAAAAGUGAGUCUUGAGCCUCUUCUUAAAAAUAUCAACAGUCUCUGCAGCCCUGAGGCUCUCCGGAAGGCUGAGCGAUCUUUUCUGUUAUAGACAGAUUUAGUCAAAAGUUUCAACUUUUGAAUGCUUAUGUCUUCCAAUAAAAUAUAUUCCCCAAAAAUACAUUAUCAGUUUAAUAAUUCAGUAUUUCCCUCUAUAAAUUGUCCAGUUUCUAUCAGUUUCAUACUUGUGUAGUGUAAUUAAAUGAACUCACAUGGGAAGAAAAUAUGUUUUUGUUUCUCAUCAGAGAGUGACUUCUUUAACUACAGGACAUAAAAAUCUCCAUCACCCACUCUCUCUCUGUUCACUGUGUCAUCUCUGUGAAUUCCUCCUCUCUCCCUCUCUCUGUUUUUCAGGAUUACUGGUUGUCUGUUCUCUAUAAGCGUCUGGUCGGACCAGAGGUUUUAAAAAUCGAAGGAUUUCAUAACUUUGCUCGACAUAAGAGAGUGAGGCUGUACCUGCACUGCGCUCACAAAAACAGGUAUUUACUGUGAAAUUUAACGUCAUGAGUCAGUUUUGUUUUACUGCAGAUUAAUCUAAACUUUGUAUGAAAGUUUCAACAUUAUAAAUCAGUUUGUAUUUACUGUGAAAAUUUGCAGCAGCUCCUCUAAUGUGUGUUAACCUGCAGAUACAGGCGAGGAGCCAUCACGCUGAUUUCCAUGAAUCUGAGUAAUAAAGCCGUCAGGAUCUCAGUUCCUGCUCGUCUCUCCUCCAGCACAGUAGAGGCAUUUGUUCUGGAGUCGGCACAGCCGGGGGAGGAGGGGCUGUACUCCAGGUGCUCCUCAAUACUCCCACUUAUCCCUGAAACAUUCCCUCCUCAUGUCAUGGGAAAAGUCACAUUUCCUCACUUACCUCUUCGCUGUAGCUCUCUUUAGUUCCUCUAACUGUAGCUCCAGGUCAGCGGCCUCUAACUCCCUCUGAAACUGUAAACUGUGGACUCUAUGUUCCUGUUAUUACACAGAUUAAUCCAUCAAACAUGAUAUUGAUCAGGGAGCUGGGGAGGUUUCACUGGGAGGUUUAAUGACCUCAGCCUGUUUCAGCUUUUAGUCCAAGCCACGUUAAGGCUUCGACUUUGGCAAAGAUGAACAGAAUAAAUGCAGAAUAAUCAAUAAAAAUACUUUUUUCUCUCCUACAGGUCUGUGACCCUGAACAGAAACGUUUUAAAGAUGGUGGACGAUCAAACUCUUCCUGAUUUGAAAGGAGUUUGUUUUCCUCCGUCUGAACAUCUACAGUUUCCUGCAUACUCGCUGGCGUUCUUUGUCUUUAUAGAUGCUGCAGCUGCAGCCUGUUUCUGA